AUGGCGACACAGUCUCCAGUACUGAGAACCGCGAUCCAAGAUACACUGCCUGAUGACAUUUUGGGACAGCAUCCAAAUGCAGAAAACGCCAAGUCAGACGCACGCAAAGCAGAAACGCUGCCAUCCUUUCAGCCAAAGACUUCUCCGAUCUACAGCCCACUAGCACCAGGCUGCAUUCGCAUCCUGCAACUUCGACCAGCGCCACGCUUAGAAGACCCUCUCGUGGGCACUCUCGACAUCGUACAUCUGAAUGACGGGACACAAUAUGAGGCUCUGUCUUAUACCUGGGGGAACACUUUCGUCAACGACGAGAAGUCAACAGCCUGGAUUGAGGCAGACGAGGACAGGAUGCGACUCGACCGUGCAUUCUCGGACCAACCUUCCAAGCACGGCGAAAUAAGUUUAUGCAAUUCUACAUUAACCACAGCAGCUAAUCUCGAUGCUGCACUGAAAAGAUUGCGCCACUCCGGAAACGAUCGAAGUCUCUGGAUCGAUGCUUUGUGUAUCAAUCAAGACAACCCUGACGAGCGUUCAGCUCAGGUCGCCCAAAUGGCGCAGGUUUUCGCGCAUGCACGUCAGACUAUCGUAUGGCUUGGCGAGGAUUCCAUCUAUUGCGACGGACAAUUCGUCUUCGCGACUUGUCGCAAAUACGAGAAAAACGUGAACUCCAUGUGGAGAAGGACGUGGAUCAAAAUUGUGGAACGCAUUUGCUUGAAAAUCGUGAGGGCAUCGCCAAUAAACAGUUUUACCUGGCAGCUCUCCUGGAAUAUCUAUGCUAUGCAGCCACUACUCUCACGGCCAACUCCCGAGCAAGCUCAUCAAUUCGAUCUGUUUGGCUCAAGACGUUAUUUCUCCCGUCUUUGGUGCGUACAGGAAGUCGCUUUAGCGGACAAUGUAAUAGUCAAGUGUGGCGGCUCCGAAAUUCCGUGGUCGAUUUACAGGGCUUACAUCAAUCAUUGCAGAGCACUUCCUGAGCUUACAGUCUGUAAGCUUCGCGCGAUCACGAAAGGCUCAGAGCACACCUUGAACAAGUUGACCGACUGUUCAGGCUUGCUGUGCUCGGAUGAACGAGAUCGCAUUUAUGCAAUCAGCAGUCUACUUAAGCUCUACGGAGAUUGUCCACGUAUUCAGAUCGAUUACAAACUGGAUUGGCAGGCGGUUUUCACUAAUUUUGCUCGCGACUAUGUCAUUCUCAAUGGAUACAAUGGCGCUUGGAACGUUCUUACAAUUGCCUUGGGCCGCAAAGAUGCUGAGCUGACCUCUUCGAUGCCUAGUUGGGUACCUGACUGGCGGCCUAGAUCCUUUGAGAUUCAGGGUGAAGCAUUUGCGGAAAACGACUCCAUUGCAGGCAUAAGAAAAGACGCUGCUGCUCUUGAGCAGAAGUGUCGCGCCGCUGGCCGGAACGUCACAGUCGCGUUCGGCGAUUGCAGCAUGACAAUUGACCUGUGGUGUUGCGGCCAACUGGGCGAGAAGGCCAAGUCAUCGCUCUAUUCUGGCUAUGAUGAAAGCAGGCUCAGCCAGACUUUCGAGAGCAGUGACUACUUCUACAGCCUGCCCCCGGAGUAUAGAUCCUAUAGGGAUCCAUGUCUAAUAUUACGGAGCUGUGCCGGGGAGAAAUUAAUUUUUCAGGCCAUAGCAGUCGUACGCUAUUACAUCUUUGCGCCGAGGGACCCGCCGGCGUUUUCACCAGCCGAAGGAGAUUCACUGGGAGAGGCGCAUAGGAUCACUAUCAUCUGA